AUGUCUGUGACAGUUCUACAAAACUUUAUCGACGGUGAAUUUGUAAACUCUGUUAACACAGGACAAUAUAUUGAUAGUCAUAAUCCCGCGACUGGAAAAGUUCACGUAAAAAUUCCAGACUCGACCAAAGCAGACGUCAACAAUGCUGUGGAAGCUGCACAAGCUGCCUUUAAAACAUGGUCAAAACUCCCACGUACUCGUCGUUCGAAUUUUCUCUACCGUAUAGCGGAUAUUCUUGAGUCUCGUUUGAAAGAAUUCGCAGAGGCAGAAGUGCGUGAUCAGGGUAAAACGAUCACAUUCGCGACAAAUGUUGAUAUUAAUCGAUCGGUAUAUAACUUUCGAUAUUUUGCUGGGCAUGUGUUGCAUGCUGAAGAAAAAGUUGGACAACUUGAUGGAGUUGCUAUGAGUUAUGUGCAGAGAUGGCCUGUUGGUGUUGCUGGAUUGAUUUCGCCGUGGAAUCUUCCGCUCUAUCUUUUAACUUGGAAAAUUGCUCCGUGUAUUGCAAGUGGAAACACUUGUGUUUGCAAACCAAGCGAAUUCACCAGUCUUACAGCUUAUAUGCUCUGCUCGGUAUUUAAGGAGGCCGGAUUACCGAAUGGCGUGGUAAAUAUGGUAUUUGGUUCAGGACAAAGCGCUGGCGAGGCGCUUGUGACUCAUCCAAAUGUGCCAUUAAUCUCUUUCACUGGAGGCACCGUUACCGGUAAACAUAUUAUGGCUAGUAGCGUGAAGCAUAUGAAGAAACUUUCUUUAGAGCUUGGAGGGAAAAAUGCCAAUAUAAUUUUCGAUGAUUGUAAUUUCGAACAAGCAGUCGAGACGAGUAUUCGAUCCUCAUUCUGGAAUCAAGGCGAGAUUUGUCUAUGUGGCUCUCGAAUUUUCGUACAAGAAACCAUAUAUCAAAAGUUUCUCGACGCGUUUAUUCCCAAAGCACGUGAUCUUGUAGUUGGCGAUCCAAAUGACUCGAAAACUUUUGUAGGAGCAUUGAAUAAUUUAAAGCACAUGGAGAAAGUUCUAAUGUAUAUAGAUUUAGCGCGUCAAGAAGGAGGUGUGAUCGAGUGUGGAGGUUCACGUAAAAUAUUACAGGGGGAAUUAAGCGAAGGAUAUUUCGUUGAGCCAACAGUAAUCACUGGAUUGCCACCGACUAGCCGCGUUGCUCAAGAAGAAAUAUUUGGCCCUGUGGUCACAGUGCAUCCAUUCACCGACGAGCAACAAGCGAUCGAUUACGCAAAUGAUAGUCCAUACGGUUUAAGUUGCUCUGUUUGGUCAGAAAACGAUCGUCGCGCGCGUCGUGUUUCCGAAUCAAUACAAGUUGGCACUGUUUGGGUAAACUGCUGGUUGAUACGAGAUUUGAGGAUGCCAUUUGGUGGAACAAAAGCCAGUGGAUUGGGCCGUGAAGGAGCCGAUUACAGUAUGGAUUUCUUUACCGAGUUGAAAACUAUUUGUUUGGCGAACUUUUAA